UUAGUCAGUCGAGCCCGAGCGGCUGAGGAGGUCGGGUGGCUGCGCCGCUCUCCGAGGGAAGCGCUGCUGACGUCGGGGGCGCGCGAUGGAGCCGCGGGCCUUCGCGGGGCGGCGGGCCGGGGGCCGAGGCAGCAGCGGCGGCGGCCCUUGAAGGCGGGGAGGAUGUGGCAGCCGCGGAGGCCGCCCCAGGAAAUGGCCACCGAGCCCCCGCGCGGCGCGAAGAGUGCCGAGGCCGAGCGGCUCCCCCGGGGCGUUCAGCCCAGCCCAGCCGCCUCGGCGGAGGAGGCAGAGGAGGAUGGAGGGCAGGUCCCGUUCUUCAACGGCUGCGUGCCGCUCUCCCAUCAGGUGGCCGGGCACAUGUACGGCAAGGAUAAGGGCGGAAUACUGCAACAUCCUGAUGGCACAGUGUUGAAACAAUUGCAGCCACCCCCCCGAGGACCCAGAGAAUUAGAAUUCUAUAACAAGGUGUAUGCUGCCGACUGUGAAGAUCCUGUGUUUCUAGAACUGCGAAAAUAUUUGCCAAAAUAUCAUGGGACCUGGUCACCACCUACUGCUCCAAAUGAUUUGUACCUGAAACUGGAAGAUGUGACCCAUAGAUUUAAAAACCCAUGUAUAAUGGAUGUAAAAAUAGGCCAGAAAAGCUACGAUCCAUAUGCCUCAGCUGAGAAGAUUAAACAGCAGGUCAGCAAGUACCCACUAAUGGAGGAGAUUGGGUUCUUGGUGCUUGGCAUGAGGGUUUAUCACAUUCAUUCUGACAGCUAUGAGACGCAAAACCAGCACUAUGGAAGAGGCUUAACAAAAGAGACAGUAAAAGAUGGUGUCGCUCGGUUUUUCCAUAAUGGAUACUACCUGAGAAAAGAUGUCGUCAUUGCCAGUAUUCAGAAGAUUAAAGAAAUCUUGCAGUGGUUUGAGAGCCAGAAGCAUCUUAACUUUUAUGCAAGUUCCUUACUCUUUGUCUAUGAUGGCUCAUCUCAGAUGACAACAGCAUGGCUAAAUGACAGCACUUUGGUCGAGAAGAGAAGAGUGUCCAAGGCCCAGGGCCCAGGUGGUAAUACACUGGAGUACUACAACAACAACAUUCGUGUGAUCAGUUCUCCAGAAAACGGCAAGCUCGAGUCCUCUGUAGGCAGAGGUUUUUCCAAAAUGUAUGCACUUCACAAAAGGCACCAGAGUCAGAUUUCACUAAAAGUCGAAACUGUGGAACAAGACAACCUGUGGAAGAGCAGUGCAUGCUUUUCACAAGAACAUCUGAACGGAAAUGUUAUACCUCAGUUGGAAAAAGUUUUCUGCCACAGGCCCACUGUGGUGCCAGAAAGCGCAGAGGUGGAAGUCCGAAUGAUUGAUUUUGCGCACGUGUUCCCCAGCAACACAGGAGAUGAGGGCUAUAUUCAUGGGCUGAAGAACUUAAUUACUGUCCUUCAGAAUAUUUUAGAUACCUGAAUUUCUUUGCUAUGAUUUCUA